UGGCUUCCUGUGUUGUCCUACAUCGGUUUGUUUCUCGGCGGCUGUUCUCGUUGCGGCUCCGAUGAAUUCUCCUCGACAUUAUUCUGUCCUGCGGGGAGUCGAACGGACCGCUUUUCGGACGUUUUGAGGAACUAAAGGAGUUAAUGUUGAGGCGGGAGCCGGUGAAGCCUCGUGCCAGCCUCAGCUCCUCCUGCCAGGUGAGCAGGGUGGGAGACAUAGGUGUGCAACAAAGGCAUUUCCUGGAUAGAAACCUCUACCAUUAAACAAAGGACUGAUCCACACAUAUAGGUGCAUGAAAGUCUGCAGCCAUGUCCAUUGAAUACACCAUUGACAUCCAGCUGACAGAAUUGGGAUUUCCAGACAUUCUCCAGUCAGAGCAGACUUCAGAGAGCCAGUCGGCCCUCUGCCCCCCAGCAUCUGCUGAUUCACUCCCAACCAAUGUGAAAUCUCUCUCCGCUACGCACAAACAAAGACCUGAAAUAAACCAACAUGAGAAAGAGACAGGUGUGGCCAGACACACCUCGAAUACCACAGACGAGUCUGUGCCGUCUCCCCAGCCACUGGGUGCACAGGUGAUCCCUGCACCGGGUCUGCCAGGUGGAGAAUGUGUUGACUUGCUUCUGGUUAACCAUCAGGCUGCUGGAAGUGAAACUACAGACUGCCAACAGGAAGCAGCUGACAUGAGAGUGGCUGGAGGGGAACGGGUGGACCUCCGGGAGGACGAGCUCAUCGAGUCAGAUGACAGCCAAGUGUCAGAAGAGGAAGAGGAGGAGGAGGAGGAGGAAGAAGAGGAGGAGGAGGAGGAGGAGGAUGAUAACGACGAAGAGGAAGAAGCGGCAGGAGAAGAGGAAGGGGUUCCCAGCAGUGUAUUGAAUCGCUCCCGCAACUACCUCUGCAGCAUCUGUCAAACCCAGCUGUCCUCCAAAGUGCAAUUCAAGGACCACAUGAACCUGCACACCGGAGCGCGCCCCUACAUCUGUGCAGAGUGCGGGAAGCGUUUCUGCCAGGUGCACAGCUACCGCGCCCACCUGCGCACGCACGCCAAAACCAAGGCAGGAGCUCACCCCUGCCGCAUCUGUUUAAAACACUUCUCUUCAGACGGGGAUUUGAAGUCCCACAUGUCAACAACCCACCUUGAGAAACAGUUUUUCGAGUGUGACCUGUGCAAGCGCCUCUUUGCGUGCCUGAGCGACUGUCAGAAGCACGUGCGGACGCACAGACGCACGUUCCGGUUUACUUGUCACCUGUGUCACCGCGGGUUCUUCUCUCGAAAGUCUUUCCUGCAGCAUCGCAAGACGAGGUGCAACACCACUUUUAAAUGCACGGACUGCACGCUGGUGUUCCCCAGGAAGAACGCCCUUCUGAAGCACAGCUUCUCCCACCUCGGCCUGCUGCCGUACACGUGCAUCCGGUGCCGGCGCCACUUCCGCCUGGCCAGGCUGUACCAGCAGCACGACUGCCAGCCGUGGCGGAUUCACUGCGUGGCGUGUCUGCGCGAGUUUCACAAGCAGGAGGAUUUCGAGAAGCACAAGAAGGACACGGGGUGCUGGGGGAAUCGGGAGCACAGCACCAAGUCGGACGAGAUCAGGUGCCUGGAGUGCGGCCAGAGGUUCGACUCGUCAGAGGAGCUGAAGAAACAUGCCGGGGCUCACCAGAGGGUGCUGAAAUGCGCCGAGUGCUGGAAGGGAUUCAGGUCGGCCUUGCUGUUGAUGUCUCACAUGGGCGGCCACGCCGGGAAGUCGCCCUGCCUGUGUAAGAGCUGCGGACUGGGAUUCCCCCACCAGCAGAACUACGACAGUCACCUCAAGACUUGCGGAAAACCUCCUCCUGCGAGUGCUUUGAAGAAACACCAGGCCUCAAAGAGCUCCUUGCCAGAGGCUAAAAAGCUCGAUGCAAAGUCAGAGACAUCGGAAGCAGUAAGCACAGUCACCACACCUGCGGCGGUGUCUGACAAGACUUCUGCGACUUCCAGUGAGCCUGCUCCAACGGUGCACAAGCCUGCUGCGCCGCGAAAGCGUUCCAGCAGUCGUCAUCCUGCUAAAAAUGGGGCUUCUGGUGCCUCCUCUUCAAAAGAUGGACUGUGGAAGCUCACCUUGGACAAACAGCCACCUCCCGGUAUGAAUCUGGUCGUGUUCCUUCCAGUCUGCCCAGUGCAGACCGCGGAGUUACCUCUCACAUCUGGAACCCCUCAGAUGCUCGCCCUUCCAGCUAUGCAAACUCUGACUCAGACGUCUCUCUCAGCGGUUCCUGCCGGCAGUCAUGCAGGAGUGAAUGCUGCUUUUGGGAUGCCUGUGAACACUCCACUGGACUUUUUACCGAGCGGUAACAGCGAGUGUCCGGAUACGCCUCUGGAUUUAUCAACAAAAGGUCCUCAAAAAAGUCUUCCUCCUGUCAAAGAAGAGCUGGAAGAAAUGAAGCUUUCAGAAGUUACUGAGUGUGAAGUGGAGCCCAAGGUGGCCUCCGCUCCGAAUGUGAAAACAGAGCCUCCUCCAUCAGUGAUGCAUAUUAAAGAAGAGCCUCAGAAGCCUGGCCCAUAUGAAUCCAGUGUACUGGGAGACUGGGGACCCGCCAAAAGAAUUAAGAAAGAGGCAGACCUUUGAGGAUUGAAAAAAUAAAUAGCACGAGGCUCCCAUUCCCCACUCGUAUUUUUCUUUGUGUGUAUGUACUUGAAGCAGUCACAAAGAACCAUGACGUUUUCUGUUUUGUUCUGUUUCACCUAUCAUAUAAUGGCACAUUCCAAAGUUCAGUUUGAGUUUUAUUUAAGUUCUUUUGCACUGUUUAUGAUCUUAUCAGAGUUUCUGGGGCUUAAUGGAAGCGGUGCUCAACACGAAUUGUCUUCGCAUCUUAGAUGCAGUGUGAGAUUUAGUGGAAACCAGUGGUAGAGUAAGGAAAACCUAUAGUGGACACAAAAAAAAAAAAAAAAAAAAAAAAUCCUUUCUGCAAGCAGAAUGUCUUUGGUUUGUUCUGUGAUAGUAUAGAACCGUGGCAGGUUUAAAGA